UCUGGAUAUACAAAUCCAGAGAACAAUUAGCCUGUUUAUUUGUUAGAAAGGUAAUCCAUCUAUCAUUAUCUGAAUACUGUACGUUGAUAUCGUUCAGCUGCAGUCCUGCAGUUAGAUUUCCUAUCUUCGAUCUUUAACUUAAUUUUCUUCCAUCUUAAAUUAAUCUGUCGAUCCUACGUGAUUACUCAGUAUAUAUUGUCAGUAAUAUAGUCCAUAAGACAAGGUCUAGAUACUGGCUAUGGCUUCCUCUCUCCCUCGUUUGUAUAAUACUCCAGUCCAGCUAUAUUUGAAUAACAGCAGCAAUAUUCGUCGUACGAAUAUGAUCACGCAAGUAAAGGCUCACAGCUAUGACGAAGGAAGAUCAUCACGCAGAAGCAGCAAUAACGUUGAUUCAAAUAUGAGUGUUCUAAGAGAGAAGAUGGAAAUGGUUAAGAUGAGGGUGAGACUUGAGAAACUAAGUCUCAAACAUCAUCGUCAAGAGCAAUACGGUUGGAAUUAUGCAAACGGGUAUCAAUGUAAUGACCAACUCAGAAGAGCAAGAGCAAGAUCGAGAGACUUCUCAAGCUUCUUUUACCUCAUACGUUUGGUCAUUCUCACUUUUGGUUUUACUUGUUCUACUGCUACUUUUUCCCUUUUCCUUGUAUCCCUAGUGAUUAACUGCACAAGUCAAUGAUAAGCGCACAUAUAUUAUAACGUGUAUCCAAUAAAAUU